GCGCCGCUCUUCCGCCAGACUCGGUCACGGCGCGGUAGUCUCGUGUCCGCUAGCUCACCGCACGGAAUGGCGCGCAUCGCUGCUCUCUCCUGCGUCCUCGCGUCAGUCGUGAUCUUGGCAACGUGUCAGACAGAAGAUACAAGAACUACACCCACAUCUGAAACAGAUGAGGAUCAUAAUACUUCUGAGUUAACUGCACCUCUCACAGUCCCUUCUUUCCACUCUGAAGACCAAAAAAACAAAGAAUCAACAUCAACAACACCCAAAGAAACCAUUGAAACUACAACAUCACCACCAACAACAACAUCAAGACCUACAACGACAGAAGUGCCUCGCACAAAUUCGCUUUUCCGUUUCCGGGGAAAAGAUGGAGCAACUUGUAUUCUUCUUCAAGUUGAUGCUUUGCUUUCAAUCAAGUAUAAAACAAUAUCUGGUGAAAUGAGGGAUAGAGAUAUUUAUGUCCCUAACAAAGCUAAUAUAUCGGGGAGCUGUAACGAAGACACUUCUUAUUUGGAUCUGACGUGGCCAUCAUUUUUUAUCAGAUGGAGCUUUUCCAAGACACCAGGUGGUGAAAGAUGGUACAUUAAUAAGAUAGAGUUGGUGUAUGCACUCUCUAGUGAAAUCUUUGAACAUGCUGUAAAUCCAGGACAAAUUGUGAAAGUUUCUACUGCACAUUCACACGAGAACAUGUUGUAUCCAACACUAGUUGGACGAUCAUUUACCUGUAAACAAGAGCUUACUGUUCACCUAUCUGGAGAACAUGCAUAUGGUGCCACCCUCUAUCUCAGAGAUCUACGACUUCAACCAUUUAUAUUCAAUGUUGAUGACUUUAGUCCAGAAUAUGAAUGCUCACCUGGAGGUAUAACGUUUCGAGAUGAGACUGCACCAAUUGCUGUUGGAAGUACUCUGGCAAUUGUUGUUCUCCUUACAGUAACUGGAUAUGGUAUUUAUCGCUAUUUUAAAAUAAAAAAAGUUCAGUAUGAUACUAUGGAGUAAAUGUAUUUAGUUAAAAAUUUAUUCGUACAUGUGUUAAGUUGUAAUUACUUUUAGUUUAUUGUAAAUUUAUGACUAUUUUCAACUUUGGUGGUUUUGUUUCCUACUUUGAAAUGCCUGUUUGCAGUCUUCGAUAAAAAUGUCUAUCAAUGACAUUUUUUUUAAGGAGUACAAGGUGUUACUGCUUUGUGUUAGAACUGCAGCUCUUUAGACACCAAUACAUGGCAGGCUUUUACAAAAAAGGCAGUAUUUCUCUUGAAAAUAAAUACAACCUGACAAGUGACAACAAACAA